CACUGACCCACACAGGAUACUUGACCUCAAGCAGGUCCCUGCUCAGCCUCAGUUCCCUUACCUGGGAUGGACGAGUGGAGCUGGGCCUGGCUCCUGGGUCCAAGUUGGAUGUUUGCCCUCCGCUCACCUUCCAAACCAAAGCCUGGAAUGUCACCCUAGGCUCUCAGGUUCACGCCCGAGAAGGGAUCUAGGCUGGUAGGGCCCAAGGCCCUCUGGCUGCCUAUGCGGCUGUCUUAGGAGCGGACGCGGCCACUUUAAGGCGCGGUGACCCCCCACGGCACACGCGGGCGGGGCGGGGACAAUGCGGGCGUCCGCGCGGCACCAGCGGAGGCGAAUGCGAGGGAGGUAGUGCGCCGCGUCCGGCCCCAGCAUGCUGACCGCGUUCGCCCAGCCAGCCCUGCCUAGGUUCCCAGGGCGGCUGCCUGCGGGCCCCGCUCGGCGCCAGGACUCGUCCGGUUCGUCAGGUUCCUACCACACUGCUCCGGGUUCUCCAGAGCCCCCGGACGUUGGGCCGGACGCAGAGGGCCGGGCGAAUUGGCCCAGGGUGGCCCCUGCGCUGGGGGCGGGCGUGCAGCCUCGCCUGUCCGUCAGCGCCCAGAAUAGCCGCCAGCAGCUACUACCCGGCUCGGGUUUCCCGCGAGGCCCGGCCUCCGGCCUGCGACCACCCCAGCCCCAGCUGCGCAUGCUGCCGUCGGGGGAGAUGGAAGUCAUCUUCGGCGCUGGGCCCCUAUUCAGCUGCUCCGACGCAGAAGAUAAAGUGCAACAGCUCACGACGCCGGCCUUCCGCAGCCUCUCUCCGCCUGGGUCCGCGUCUCCCAUCCCUGGCGAACCGCAGCCCCAGGGCCCCGACGGUGGCUCCCGCUGGGCCACUUACCUGGAGUUGCGGCCCCGCGCGGCGAGUCCUGCCACCCCAUCGCAGUUCGAGUGUGUGGAGGUAGCACUGGAGGAGCAUACCGCGCCUGCCAGGCCCCGGACGGUGCCCAAACGUCAGAUCGAGCUGCGCCCUCGGCCCCGGAGUCCCCCGCGGGAGGCCAAUGCGCCGCGCCCUCGACUGCUCCUGCGUACUGGCUCCCUGGACGAGUCUCUGAGCCGCCUGCAGGCUGCCGCGGACCUCGUACAGACGGCGCUAGCCAGAAAACUGAGCCCGGCGCCCUCUGCCCCAAGCAACGCCACCUUUGGACCCACGGUGCUGCCGGAGCCUGCGACCCCAGAAACGCCCCGCAGUACUCGGGUAGCCCUGGAGGAAGCCAAGUCUCUGCCGCCUCGGGUGAACUAUAGUUCAGCCCCAGCCAGGGCCCCAAGACCGUGGCCAAGCCUCCGGGAGCGCGCAAUUCGGCGCGACAAGCCCACGCCCGGGACCGAGCCUCUGGGUCCAGUUAGUUCCAGCAUCUUCCUGAAGUCAGGGGAGAAGCCCGAGGAGGUGCACCAAAAAGAACCGAAGGCUCAUUUCGCGCGAGAUACUCCGGCUCAAACCGUCCUGAGGGCACAGGGUCCGCCUUUCCAGUCUAGGGCCCCCUCGGAGGUUUCGAGUAAGACUGUGAGACGGAGGAGCCCAUCCCCGCCGUGGGAAGCCCCAAAUGGGACCGUGCGGGGUCCUCACUGCACCUCCCCCCAGAACCUGUCCCCCUGGAAUCGAACAAUUCGGAAGGUGAGUAGCCCAUCGCUCCCCGAGGCAUCCUCUACAUGGGACAAUCAGGAUGCUGCUGUCACGGAAACUGUCAGCAGAAAGAGCCCUUCCCCUCCGACCCUUUCCCAGUGGAAUCGGGGUGUUGCCAGGGCAAGAAGCCCAUCCCCCGAAGCUCCCUCCUCGUGGGAGGUGCCGCAGCCGGCAGUUGGGGAUGCAGUUGAGGGAAGUAGGAGCCCGUCCCCGCCGACCUUGCCCUCGUGGGAGACUCCAGAUCGUCCUGUUGGAACGUGGAGCCCAUCGCCCCAGGAGACGUGGAACUCCACGGUGCAGAGCUCAUCCGUAGUGUCUACACGCGUAGCUAUUAAUGGCGUGGCCCAAGAGGAACUGGUGCCGCCCACGCCGUCUGCACCAGGGACUCCAAAGCUGACAAAUGUUCAAAGUCCGUCCACGCGGGAGAUGCCGGAUCUUGCCUCCCGAGGCAACCAGCUGUCGCCAGAGGUGGCUGCACCCGAGCUGCCUCUCAGUCGCAACCUGGAUGCCGAUGCGCUCCCUGAAGCGGUGGGCUGUGGAAAAACGGCCUCAGGGCGCCCGCGCGUGGCCAUUCCGCGGCCCCGCGACGUACGCAAGAUAGUGAAGACCACGUACGCGCCGAGCUUUCCGGCAAGCACCCCAGACUCAGGGCUCCCCGCCCCUCCGGCAGAACCCCGCGGGGAUGAAGGCAGCCCAUCCAAGACACAAGAACUUCAGGCGCUGGGGCCCCCCGCCCCGUCUCACUACACUUCCAUUUUUCUCAAGGACUUUCUGCCGGUUGUGUCCCACCCCUACGAACCCCCAGAGCCAACCCCAGACACAGUCCCCCGGGACGUUACGCAGUCCAACGGGGUCCUGCGGCGGAGGGCAGAGAAUAGCACGGCGAAACCCUUCGCGCGCACUGAGAUCCGCCUGCCUGGUGCCCUGGCCUUAGGCCGCCGGCCUGAGAGAACCCGGGGAGUCGCGGUGCACGGUCCUGGCGGAAAGAACCGGGAUGAAGAGGCCCAGCGCUUGGUCCCGGACGGCAAGGGUCGGACCAGCCCUCUAGGCGGCGCUCGCACCUCACCCCAGCAGUCGCCAAUGGGGCCGGCAGAGACCCAACCUCCCGGACCGCCCCGCCCCAGCUCCCCGCAGGCGCACCCUAGCUCGAGCUCAGAAAUAGAAUCCAAACUGGAGACGCCCCCUCAGGCCCCUGAGCCCGCGGUGGCGGUCCAGUCGCCUCUCCCGCGGGAACCCCCGGCGUCGGCUCGUAGAACGGCCAGGGCCCAGCCCCGCGCUGCCUCGGCGCCUCCGCUGGACCGGUCCGCGGACGGUUCCUCCCAGGGGGUUCGUAGGCCGCCAGGGGCUGCAAACCCGGGGAAGGUCCUAGUGGACCCCGAGAGCGGCCGCUACUACUUUGUGGAGGCGCCGCGGCAGCCUCGGCUGCGGCUGCUCUUCGACCCUGAGAGCGGGCAGUACGUGGAGGUGCUGCUGCCACCCUCGCCCUCGGUGCCGCCCCGCCGCGUCUACACUCCUCUGGCCCUGGGCCCCGGCCUCUACCCGCCAGCCUAUGGGCAUCUUCCCGGCCUCUCACUGCCACCAUCCCCCGGCCCGCCGGCCUUCAGCGGCCCACAGCCACCCUGGGCCUCCGAGGCGGGGCCCCUGGACGGGAUGUACUACCUGCCAGUGAGCGGGACACCCAGCCCCGCACCUCCUCUUCUUCUCUGUGCUCCACCCUCCAGCUUGGGUCCCUCGCAGCCCAACAAGGGCUCCUUGUUCCCGGUGUGAGGCCCCAGGGCCUGAUCGGCAGGAUGUUGGGGCCUAUUGAUGGUCUUAAAGGUUUUGGCAUCCAGUCCUUUACCCUCUUUUCCUUCAAGCAUCUCUUCCUUUUACCCAUCUCAUGCCGGUUUUUUUUUUUUUUUCAGACCGGAAGUUACCUUCAGAUUAUCUGAGACACAUUGGGGUGGGGGUGGGGGUGGGGGGCUAAUGGAGCUGGAGCUCAGUAAAUGGCUGUCUGUCCCCCCCCACCCCCCAGCAAAAUCCUAUACCCUUUCCCCAAGUCCCAGAGCGUGGUGUGUUGGGGUGUGUGGGUGUGUGUGUGUUGUGGGCUGAAAAAAAUGCACAACACGAGAUUUGUGAGUUAAGUGUUACUUGGGGCAAAAUGAAAAACUAUAAGCCUGGGAGACAACCUCUCACAUAGGUUGUCUAUGUGGGGGUAGGUCAGUAUAUGUGAUUUUGGUGAAGAAGGAUAGUGCAAUCAAGCACACAUUUUGGAAGAAGAUUGCUGCUAGUCACAAUGAGCAGAUGUCUAUUUUAUUGCUUUUCUAGAUAUGAGAAGAUUGCAAGAAAUGGGCUCAUAAAAACUUCUCCUGAAAAUAAAUAUCUAAAGGCCUAUUUUGCCAGUUUCUCCCAGAGCACAGAGGGCCUCAUUCCUAAUCUCUGCCCUGAACUUUCAGGGUGGGUUGAAGGUCAGCGAUUGCAAUGGCUAGUGAUUUCAUCUUUGUAGAGGCAGGUGACAAGUGACAAUUUUUAGUUGGCAGUGUGAAAAAUCCCAGGACAUGGCCCCAGGAACCGACCUGAGGGGGUGAUGGGGUUUCUCAGGGACAGCAGGAAAUAGGAGCUGCAAGGAAGGGGCUGCCCCUGGAGGUAGGGAGAUGUCUGUCUCUCCCAGAAGGUGGGCCCAGUUGAGGUGGAGCAGGCUAGUGAGCAAUGAUGGGAUGAAGGGAGAAGGACACUGGUAUCAAGUCCAUUAUUCUUUGGAAGAGGAUCUGAGUCUUGACCUGGGAGGCUGUGGGGGAAAGUGGCUGGAGAAGGCCCUAGGCGAGGAUCAUCUGAGAAUGGGAGCUGCGGGGUCAGGAGGUGGAGGUAGAUCAGGGAAGUAGUAUGGGAGGGGCCGUGGAGGGUCAGCCUGGGACUUAGAGGGGUGGGGACUGGGGAGAAGGUGGGAGGUGACUGUAGUCUGCAGCUGGGAGUACUGCCCCUCAUUCUCUCCUCAACUCCAGCCUCUGACUUGGCUUAUCUAAGCCCUCAGAACUGAACUGGCUCAUUCUGGAGUUAAAAGGGUGGGGGGGAUUCUGGCUGUUCCCGCCGAGAGGGGAGGAGCAGAUUAGUGGGUGGUUGGGAAAGACUUAAAAGCAGAGAGGAUGGUUGAGCUGUUGUCCCAGGAGAGACUCUUGACCUUUCUGGAUGGAGUGGAGGGUGGGUUAGGGCUGUCGAAAGAAGGGAUGCCCCUGUGUGGAGCUCUCAGCUGGUUCCACUCGCCUGGUAACAGAUGUGGCAGCCAUGCCUAGAGAGGGGCUGGCUCUGCAGGCUGGUCACAGCAUAGGAAGGGACUGGCCCCACAGUGUGUGUUCCAAUUGCCUCGAGACUCCAGGAGAGCAGAGGGGGACACACAGAGUGGGGGGUGCUCUUCGUGGGGGUCUGUGUAGAGUGCUGAGUGAAGUGACUGGGCCUUGCUGGACUGAUACGUGGUGUGAUGAGUUUGCGGAAGAACAGUUAACCAUUAGAAGCAGUGUUAGGGAUGGAGAUCAAUGCCUUUCUUAAAUUCCAGGCCUCUGGUGGACCUGCAUUUCUUGGAGUCACUGCCCCCGUCGCCUUGGAUUGGAAACAGAACUAUGAGUCAGAAUAACCUGGACAUCUUUCUGUGGCCAGAGGUGCCGAUGCCAAGGAGGGCCCUGGGCCACUCCUGGGCCCCUCACUUCAUCGUGAUGUGCAAUAAACCCAAUGGCCCCAAUGGCUGGAACAA